CCCGCUUGCCGCGUCGCCCUCGGCUGCUCGCGCCCGGCCCCCGGUCUCCCUGUCGCGCUCGGCCCCGAGGGCAUGCGGCAGCAGCAGGGGUCUACGCUCCCGGGCUCCGCGGCGCGGGCGAGCGUGAGCGGAUGUUCAGUUCUUCUCCACAAUGAAUGAGUGCUACUAUGAUAAGCAGAUGGACUUUUUUUAUAAUAGGAGCAACACUGACACUGCCGAUGAGUGGACAGGAACGAAGCUUGUAAUUGUUUUGUGUGUUGGAACAUUUUUCUGCCUGUUUAUCUUUUUUUCUAAUUCUCUGGUCAUCGCAGCAGUAAUCAAAAACAGGAAGUUUCAUUUCCCCUUCUACUACCUGUUGGCUAACCUCGCCGCUGCAGAUUUCUUUGCUGGAAUUGCCUAUGUAUACCUGAUGUUUAACACUGGCCCAGUUUCAAAAACUCUGACUGUCAACCGCUGGUUUCUCCGCCAGGGGCUUCUGGACACUAGCUUAACAGCCUCCCUGACCAAUUUGUUGGUUAUUGCCGUGGAGAGGCACAUGUCAAUCAUGAGGAUGCGAGUCCACAGCAACCUGACCAAAAAGAGAGUGACGCUGCUCAUCUUGUUCGUCUGGGCCAUUGCCAUCUUUAUGGGGGCUGUCCCCACACUGGGCUGGAAUUGCCUCUGUGACAUCUCUGCCUGCUCUUCCCUGGCCCCCAUUUAUAGCAGGAGUUACCUCAUUUUCUGGAGUGUGUCCAACCUCAUGGCCUUCUUCAUUAUGGUCGUGGUGUACCUGCGGAUCUACAUGUACGUAAAGAGGAAAACCAACGUCUUAUCUCCGCACACAAGUGGGUCCAUCAGCCACCGGAGGACACCCAUGAAGCUAAUGAAGACGGUGAUGACUGUCUUAGGGGCCUUUGUCGUGUGCUGGACACCAGGUCUGGUGGUUCUGCUGCUCGACGGCCUGAACUGCACGUGGUGCAACGUGCAGCAUGUGAAAAGGUGGUUCCUGCUGCUGGCGCUGCUUAACUCCGUCAUGAACCCCAUUAUCUACUCCUACAAGGAUGAGGACAUGUACAGCACCAUGAAGAGGAUGCUCUGCUGCUUCUCACAGGAGAAGAACCCAGAGAGGCGGUCCUCCCACAUCCCCUCCGUGGUCCUCAGCCAGAGCGACACGGGGGGCAGCCAGUAUAUGGAGGAUAAUAGCAACCGAGGCCAGGUCUGCAACAAGAGCAGCUCCUAGGCUUCAAUGUCCCUCUGCCUGGCC